AGUACCAGGAGGCAUCCAUCAACUGACGAGGCUAUUUUGUACCUUGCACGACACCUUCGCAUAACCCUGAGAUUGGUUGACUAUCCAUUUCCUUCUAACCUUCCACUUGAUCAAAAAAAUUUCCUCGAUACCCACAAGCCUGAACCAUUUACUGACACUAAUCUUUCCCGUAAUUGUAACCCGCUGCUCGUACUGACUUGAUCACCUAUCUACCAACUCAAACGAAAGAAGCGACCAAAGGUGUGGUCAGUUAGUGCACCAUGGACGCCCUUCCAACUCGGUUGGAGAAGCUGGAUGAGCAUCUUGAUGAGCUUUCUAGCAACCCUGAGACACCCAUCGACGCAGUUCUCUUUGACCAUGUCGAGCUUCAGGUCACAGAGGCAAACAUACCUCACCUAAUGCCGCGGCUGCUUCCCAAGGUCGCCUCAAUCCUAAGGAAGUACCAGAAAGACCCUCAAGUCCUAUGUAGUUUGGCCCUCAAACUCCUGCAACAAGCAACCUUGUCCCAGGUUCUCUCUCUCACUUCGGAAGAGGACCUCGCCGGGGCUCUGCAAUCUCCCGCACCAUCGGCCAAUAUUCUUGCCAUGGAAAUACUUGGCAAGGCGGCUGCAACACCCGCCGAGGUUGCCAUUUUGUCUGUCUCUACGCCUCUAGUUACUGGGUUUCUUUCCUGUUGGCUCUCCUCCCCGGAUGUUGGUGUUGGAGAGCGAGGAAUCAAAGUUCUGGAGGCACUCCUCGAGACAGACUGCCCCACGGCUGGUAACGAUAUUGGUGGUGGCGACAGGAUGCAGCUAGCUAAAAAACGAGCCCCGGGGCAUGGGAAGCUUUGGCGUCGACUGUUCCAAGACAGGGAUGUCUUUGGAUUGCUGAUAGAGCUCCUCGAGGGACGGCAUUUCGACAGCACUACUCAGCCACAACAGCAGAGCCUGGCACAUGGUCGGAUUCUCCGCCUAGUCCCCACUCUGGCACGCAUCAACCUCGCUGGCAUCACCCAAUGUGGCUUCCCAGAACUCCUCCCCAAAGGAAGAAGAGCCGGUGGCCAGACGGCCGGACCGGACAGCCUACUCCACUAUGUUACACUACGUAUGGUGGACAUGGAGGACCCGCUAAUGAGACUGUCGCUUGUCGAUUUUAUUGAGACUUUGGUGUUGGAGCUGAGAUCAUCCGAGUACUCGCCAGCAAAGGUAGAGACAUUGCGCGGACUGUUGAGGGAUGCUACGGCCAUGGAUCGGUCGUUAACGGAGACGCUGCACACGCUACCAAAUAGGACUGAGGAAGCCGAUGUGAUGACGGAAUGGGUCAAUGAGGUCUUGCCUGCCUCUGCUACGAGAGUGCAGUGAUUUACUGUCGAGGUGUAAAAGACAACGGACAACUAGCGGAUGUCAUGUAUACUUUGGCGGCCUACUGCAACAGUGUCCAGCAGCUUGAUUGGCGCCUGAGAUGCAAAUAAAAAGAGGCAUCCCUCUCCAGUGGCAACUUGUGAGCAGUGAUGCUCUGUGGAUCUUAGGUAUUUGCCAGGGGAAACUUGCAUGUUUUGAUGUAAUCCGCGGUCUUUUGGGGUUUUUUGGCCAGAAGCUGCAAUGUGGUGCGGCUUUCCCUCCAGAUUGGUUACACAAUAGCUCGAGUUCGAGGCUAUCUUGGUCUAAUCUAGGAGCUUCCAGAGCCAUACAAUACCGAGUGAGGAAAUAACAACAAAAACACAGAAUUUCCGGCACUGAAUAGUUCACAGAGUUGGGUUUCCUGAAUAAACCAAAUCCAUUACCGCGAAAUAUAUGCCGGGCCAAACUGCAUGAACAAUUUCAUAUUGCAU